AUGUCUCAUUCUAACUUAUCCGCUUAUUCAAUUUCUAAUCCUAUUCCUAAUCCUGAUUCUUCAAUUUCUAAUCCUAUUCCUAAUCCCGAUUCUUCAAUUUCUAAUCCUAUUCCUAAUCCCGAUUCUUCAAUUCCGAAUCCUAUUCCUCACCCCGUUCAUUCAAUUCCGAAUCCUAUUCCUCAUCCCGUUCAUUCAAUUAUUGAUCCCGAUUCUUUAAUUAUUGAUCCUACUUUAAUUUUUGAUUCUAAUUCUCCAAUUCUUGAUCCUCAAAAUGAAGAGAUUCAUGAAAGUUAUUCCGAUGAUGACAUUAAUAUUAAAAACAAUACAAAAAAUUCAAAAAAUUCAAAAAAAAGAUCACCAAUUCACGACUAUCUGGAUGAAACUGAUGACGGUCUUCGCGUUUGUAAAAUAUGUAAUAGCGACCCUGAUAUUGAUAAACCUA